AUGGAGGGUAAGAUUGAGUCCGUCCAGGUCUUUGGCCGCAAGAAGAAUGCCACGGCUGUCGCCUAUUGCAAGCGCGGCAACGGUCUCAUCAAGGUGAACGGCACGCCCAUUGAGCUCGUGGAGCCCGAGAUCCUGCGUGUCAAGACCUAUGAACCGGUGCUUCUUCUUGGCCAGCAGCGUUUCGCCAACGUGGACAUUCGUAUUCGUGUGAAGGGUGGUGGUCACACCGCGCAGAUCUAUGCCAUCCGUCAGGCUAUCGCCAAGGCCAUUGUCGCCUACUACCAAAAGUACGUUGACGAGGCUUCCAAGAAAGAGAUCAAGGACAUCUUGCUCGCCUACGACCGCACGCUGCUGGUCGCGGAUCCCCGUCGCUGCGAGGCCAAGAAGUUCGGUGGUGGCAGUGCCCGUGCUCGCUUCCAGAAGUCGUACCGUUAA